CUUGUGUGCGCUUGUGCGUGUGUGUGCGUGCGCUUGUGUGUGUGUGUGUGUGUGUGUGUGUGUGUGUGUGUGUGCGUGCGUGCGUGUGUGUGCGUGCGUGUGCGCGUACGUGCACAGUAUGACAUGCUGUUUUGACUUUUACUUGCGCUGGAAUGACAGGAUGUUUCUUAACUGUUGGAGAAAAGUUUUCGUCCCGUUUGAUCUGGUUUGGAUUCUUCUGAACGGCAUAUGCACAGCAGGUGUGGAGGUUAAGGGUCAUUACACAACAGUGAGGCUUUUGGAUGAAGGCGUCUACACUAGAGGACCAUUUGAGACGGACGUCAAUAUCACAGUGCUGGUUCCUCCUUUGGUUACUGUGGAUGGAAAGGCGCAUGUUUCUGAUGAUUCAGAAGUGACUUUGGCAUCAUGCUUUGCUUCUAAAUCACAGCCAGCAGCAGACGUGAUGUGGAGACUGGGAGAUCUGAAUGACUCUCUGAGGACCGAAACCAACUAUAUGGUGCAUCCAGAUGGAACUUUUACUGUUGUGUCCCAUCUGCUGGCUGCACCAUUAAGACAUUUAAACCAGAAGAAGAUCCAGUGUGUGGUAACACACAGCACUCAAAGGACAAAGGAAUAUGAAGUGGACUACGUAAUAAAUGUGCAUUAUCCUCCGGAACUGGUGAUGAUAAUUCCUGAUGAUCCGACAGAGCCUAAAGAGUUUCACUGUGAAGCUGAUAGUAACCCAAGACCCAGCAACUACACCUGGAUCAAAUUGAAUGAAUCUACUCCUCAUUCUCAUGGCGACAAACUUUACGUCCCAAAACCGGCCUCUGAUUUGAAUGGUGUUUACAUCUGUAAGGUAUCAAAUCAGUAUGGAAGUGCUUCAGGUGUCCUGUAUGUCAAUAACCAGACGGAAUCCACCUCCACAUGCUGGAGUCCGUGCGGUUUUGUUUUCAUCUCCAUCAUCCUUUGCAUUUGUGUAUGUUUCAGUCGAAAGUUUGUCCACAGACUCUAGCAUAUUUCAUAUUUCAUGUUUCAAAUUGUAUUGGUCACAUACACAACCCUACGCCACACGAUGAUCAUGAAAUGGGAAAUGCUUGGUAUGACUCUCAAGUCCCACAGUAUUUGAUCAUUUUAUCACUUAAAACCCAUUUUUGAGCAGCGAAAUAUCAUAUGUAAAAGAUUUUUUCCUCCGACAAUUUUCUUCGUGCCUUUAAAUGGUUUACAACAUUUAGUAUACGCAGAUUCAUGAAUAUUUAAAUCAGCCCCGUCGCCUCCACUCAAUCGCACCAGCUCGGUUUGUGUUAAAGCAUAUUAAAAACACCACAUAGACAUAUAAACAACAUCUGUCAUCUGACAUAUAAACAACAAAUCUGAAGAAUAUACCGUAUGUACAUAAGGAGGAAUAGGCUAUAAAAUAGGUCAACAUGACGGAUGUGGAGGCAGCUGCAACAAACGUCUGACAGUAUUUGCCUUGUGCAAAUAUUGUGUGAAUGUUUUAGUAUGUUGGUCAUUUAUGAAGCAGUGUUCAGCAAGUGUUUCACCCACUCAUUUAUAUUGUCUUCAUAAUCAUGCUAUUAAACUCCGCUCCAGCCUCUUCCAUCCACUCUGUAACAUACUGUGAACGUAAAAUAUUUUUUUCCCUGUAAAAUUAUAGGAUAUAAGGAUACUGUAUAUAUAUGAAAUUGUUUUCCCCAUUUUUCUUGUAAAUUUGUUGUCUUGUUCUGUAAUUUUAUAGUAUUUGACCGCAUUUAAAAAAUAAACUGUAGAAAUUAGAAAUCUUGUUAAAAAACGUUUCUGGCAGCUGGGGCGCCAGAGUUCAACUGUAAAAUAACAUUUCCCCAGGAUUUUCUUGUUAAUUUACAGUCUUUUCUAUUAAGGUUUUUUACUGUGUUUAAAAAAUGCAUACAAUCUGUAAAAAAGGUAAAAUUCUGUAAUAUUACAGUUUUUUUACAGUGUAGUAAGGACCUCUUUGACAUUAGCUACUUGUUUGUUGUAACAAAUACAAGAGAGAUUCUGUUUUAGUAUGUAAAGAGAUACAACUGAUUUCAUUAUAGCUUUCAAACACAGACCUAAAGAAGAACAAAAACAAGUUAAAACGGGUUACACAGGUGUUCUCUGGAAGAGAAGUGUAACUUGUUUUGGCAGGCCUACGGUUUUUAUGUAACACAUUUCAUACACAAUCCAAAUGUUGAACGCUGUCAAAGUGUGUGUUUACCUUGGGAACUUCAUCUUUGUUUCUAAAUGACAUGACUUGUGUUUUGUGGGAAGCAUGUCAAGGAUGCAGGAUGAUGUUGAGAUAAAAUACCUGAAGGUGGACUCGUGCAUCAAAGAGAAAGGUUGCAUCGCAGAGAACAUCUCCGUGAUAAUGCACCUCCUCCACACACGCUCAACAUUCCAGCAUUUCCUUUUCAUAAAACAUAAUUGCAAUAAGAUUUCCUGUCUCACCCAUCGUGAAUCAACUGAUUUUCUGUAUUCCUCUGCAUCUCAGCUUAUUAUAAAUGUGAAAUGUAAAAUGUCCAUCCAUGAUUCAGAUAUACUGUAAUAUGACAUAUAGUACAUAUGAUUUAAAGGGCCUACUGUCAAAUAUACUGUAUGCUGUAUUGUUGUAGGUCAUUACUGUACCAGACGUAUUAUGGGUUUACUCUAUGGUACAUAUUAAUAUACACGCUUAAAAAUAAAGGUGCUUAAAAGGCUCUUCGAUGCCAUAGAAGAACCAUUCAGUCAAAGCUUCUUUAAAGAACCAUCUCGUUCUUAUUCUCUAUAGUUUGAAGAACUUUUUUUCUUUUUUAAAGGUUCUUUAUGGAACCAGAAGGUUCUACUCAUUGAAGAACCUUUUUGUAAGUGCGUACAGUAAUGACCUUAGACAUAAGAAAUACCUCGACUGCGCAUUGGCCUCGGCCCACUGGAUCAUACUGUAUGUCAACGGCGCCGCAGUACAGUCCAGGCAAAUGCCCACUAUAAACACAUACUGCACAAGUGAAUGGAGAAGCUGCAGUUUUCUGGAUAGAAACACAUUAACAAAUAUCAUUUCUCAAUUCAUUUCAAUACUUUACUAUUUAUGUGGAAUACAGAAACGUUUGGCUCCAGUUAUCGACCUGAAAGAUGAAUUAUUUUGAUGUGGACCUGUUAAAACCCAAGCUCGAUAAUGUGCUUAAUAUUUGUGUACACAUUGCUAAUGUGAUAUGAUUUAAGGCAGAUGAAAUGCACAUGAUCAGAGCACGCAUCUUUACUAUACUGUUAUAUAUACUGCUUUUGUAUACUCUUAAAAUGCAGUACUAUCAUUAUGCAGUACUAAUUAUGUCUUUUAGGGAAUCACGAUAAAUUAUUGGCAUAUAUUAUAGCCGAUAAAUUAUAAUUCCUUUCAUCUGGUUAAACUUCUUCAGCUGCACGUCAGUUAAAAUACAGUACAGUACUAUCUUUCUGUCGUGAUCAUUCACUUAAUGCUAUUAGCAAAACAUUGUUGAUACAGUAGAUAUUUAUGAAUGUGUAAAUUAUCCAAACAAAAGCAUAUUACUUGAAUCAGACUGCUGUCUGAAUGCUUUCUGACUGGAGACCUGUUAGACAUGUGGCUA